AUGGUACAUUCACCAUGCAAGAAUAAUGCCAGAUGCAUAGAUGGUAUUGCAAACUAUUCCUGUAUUUGUUCUGAUGGUUAUACUGGUAGAAAUUGUACCAUAGAAAUUGAUGAAUGUAUGGUGCAUUCACCAUGCAAGAAUAAUGCCAGAUGUAUUGAUGGUAUUGCAAACUAUUCCUGUAUUUGUUCUGAUGGUUAUACUGGUAGAAAUUGUACCAUAGAAAUUGAUGAAUGUAUGGUGCAUUCACCAUGCAAGAAUAAUGCCAGAUGUAUUGAUGGUAUUGCAAACUAUUCCUGUAUUUGUUCUGAUGGUUAUACUGGUAGAAAUUGUACCAUAGAAAUUGAUGAAUGUAUGGUGCAUUCACCAUGCAAGAAUAAUGCCAGAUGUAUUGAUGGUAUUGCAAACUAUUCCUGUAUUUGUUCUGAUGGUUAUACUGGUAGAAAUUGUACCAUAGAAAUUGAUGAAUGUAUGGUGCAUUCACCAUGCAAGAAUAAUGCCAGAUGUAUUGAUGGUAUUGCAAACUAUUCCUGUAUUUGUUCUGAUGGUUAUACUGGUAGAAAUUGUACCAUAGAAAUUGAUGAAUGUAUGGUGCAUUCACCAUGCAAGAAUAAUGCCAGAUGUAUUGAUGGUAUUGCAAACUAUUCCUGUAUUUGUUCUGAUGGUUAUACUGGUAGAAAUUGUACCAUAGAAAUUGAUGAAUGUAUGGUGCAUUCACCAUGCAAGAAUAAUGCCAUAUGUUUUGAUGGUAUUGCAAACUAUUCCUGUAUUUGUUCUGAUGGUUAUACAGGUAGAAACUGUACCAUAGAUAUUGAUGAAUGUAUGGUAUACUCACCAUGCAAGAAUAAUGCCAGAUGUAUUGAUCAUAUUGCAAAUUAUUCAUGUAAAUGUGGUGAUGGCUAUACUGGUAGAAAUUGUAGUGUAGAAAUUAAUGAAUGCAUUGAUGGUAUCUACCCAAACACCCGUUGCCUACACAAUGGUAUAUGUGUCGAUGGACUAGCAAAUUAUAUGUGUAACUGCACUGGCACUGGUUAUCGUGGUUUACAUUGCGAAACAGACAUAAAUGAAUGUAUCUUACGAACCCACAAAUGCAAAAACGGAACAUGUGUUAAUACCCAAGGGGCCUACAAAUGCGAUUGCUUUAAAUUUUACAAUGGUACCUUUUGUGACAACAAUACAGAAAUUGCCAUGGUCCAGGCCAACAAGCAAGCAUCAGAAAGCACUGAUUUUUUUCCGAGCAGGUUUUGGUGGGUUAUUGUUAUUGGUUUAUUAGUGGCUUUGGCAAGCACUGUAGUUAUAUUUUUGUAUUUACGUAAAGAGACACGCAAACAGGAAGGGGUUUAUCUGCCUGGCGAGGAGGAAGUACGAAUGGCAAAAGUGUGGCCAAUACUGAACAUUGGUUUGAUUGACGAAGAAAGUAUCAUUUGA